AUGGUAGACUGGACUUGCGACCCGGGUCCAGAGCACUCUGGUGCGAAACAGAUUGAUGCUGGACAGGGGCAAGUUGUGAUGACAAACGACAAGUCUGAAGCAUUUUUUCUAAGAGAAUCGACAUGGACCCGGCUGGCUUCAGUCCCCAUCAAACACAUCUCAGUGGGACCUGCAGGAAUCUGGGGAGUUGACAGUUCCAACAACGUCUACAAAUAUGGUGGCGGUGAUUUUGUUCUUUCCAAUGGUCAGAGUCUGCACCAGGUGGAUGCUGGAGGUCAAGACAAGAUUGCUGGAGUCACCUCAUCUUCCACUAUUCAUUGUCUGAGCAGUGCCGUUGCUUCAGGUUCUAAGCAAGGCGUCUCCCUGAGCUGGACCACCUUCCCUGGAGCAUUGAUGUAUAUCAGUUGUAGCUCAUAUGGAUGCUGGGGGGUGAACUCUGGACAGCAGAUCUACUUCACGAAAACUGAUUCCUGUCAAAUUAGAGGAUGGACACAUGUGGAAGGAGGUGCAAUUAUGGUUGAAGCUGGGACUGAUGGAACUGUCUUUGUGGUGACUGUACAUGGAACUCUCUUUCAGAGAACUGGCAUCUCUGCUAAUGUUCCACAUGGUACUGGUUGGCUUCAACUCCCAAUGUCAAAGAACAUCAAGCACGCAAGCUAUGACCUUGGGAACCUCUGGCUUGUGAUGAAUGGAGGACUCAUCAUGAAGUGCACUAAGUAA